AUGUCAGAACAGGAAGAGGAAGAAGAGCAGCAAGAUGAGGACGAGAGCUCAGAAGGGGAAGAUUCAGAAGACACCGAGGCAGCGACAGAGGCCCGCAAGGAGGCUGAGGAGAAGGCCCGCAAGGAGGCUGAGGAGAAGUCUCGCAAGAAGCAGAACGACAAGAAGGCAAAGAAAGAUGAAAAGCAGAGGAAGAAGGCAGAGGAGGAAGCUCAGAGGAAGAAGGCAGAGGAGGCAGAUGAGGAAGCUGAAAAGAAGAAGAAGGCAGAGGAGGAAGCUGAAAAGAAGAAGGCAGAGGAGGAGUCUGAUAGUGAGGACAGUCUGUCUGGCACCGAGUUCGGAUCAGAUGGAUCAGAAGAAGAGGAAGAUGGCAGCGAAGAGGAAGAAGAGCCAGAGGAGACAAAAGGUAAGAGGACGAAGGUAGAGAAGAAGGAGCCAAAGGAGUCAAGCAGACAGGACAAGAAUGAGAGCGAGAAGGAGACAAAGAAGGAGACAAAGAAGGAGUCAAAGGGAAGCAAGAACAAGGGGAAGAAGGAAACAAAAGGUGAGAAAAAGCGGAAGGCAGAGAAGAACAAGACGGCAGAUGACAAGGAUUCCAAGAGAGCAAAGAGAGACAAGAAGGAGAGUGAAGAAGAGGAAGAGGAGCCAGAAGGAGGCGAAGAGGAGAAGGCUUUGAGUGAAGCUGAGAGGUCUUUGGAGGACGCAAGCAAGGGCGAUGGUGAGAUCACAAGCACGAAUCACAGGGCGGAAUAUAUGAGGUUCCGCCGCUGGACCAAGAACAAGAAGCGCUUUCCGGCCAAGCUUGUGGCAUCUUUGAACUCUCAAGAGUCUAGGAACAAGCUGUUCAUCGACUACGUGAAGUGUGGGGGUGAUGUCAAUGAGAUCAUGGUGAAGCACGAGCAAACCCUGCGGGAAUCCACCACGAGCCAGGUCCAGUGGGGGUUCCGGGGUGAGCAGUGGAUGAUCUCGCGGCACGGCGAGAAGAAGGCUCAGAAGCUGAUUGCCCGCAAGAAAGAACUUGGGCUUUCGAUUCAAGACCCAGAGUUGCCAGACGACAAAGAUGAGCGUCUGUACUUUACCCUGAUCAACCUCGACAUGGCUAACAUUUCAGAGAUGCAGAAGCUGACAAGAAUGGAGAUCGAGGGGUGCAUAGACCAAGCCGGUCUAGAUGAGUUCGUGAAGGGUGGUGGGGUGCUGGACCCUUCCGCUGGGCUGAAGAUCACUGACUUUUCUGGCAACAUUGCCCCCCAGAAGCUUCUGGCAGCACUUGGAUCGGCUGGGAAUGGCAAGGGCAACGGAAACAAGAAUAGGAAUAGGAAGAACAAAGGAGGCGACGACAAAGAUGCAGAAGGUGAACCAAAAGCCUUCAGAUUGCAGCCCAUCAAGAUGAGCUCCGAUCUCAUCAAUCAACUUUCAGCGGUGGCAGUCAAAAUGGAAGCUCUUGCUGGCAAGUUGCAGGAACUUGUCAAAAAGGGCAAGAACAAGACGCGCCACUACCGUGACAUCAUCACAGAGGUGGACAAGAUCAGCAAGACGGCUCGUGAGCGGAUCGACUUGGGUAAGGCUUUGUGUCGGGCUAGUGAAAAGGCCACAAGACCCCAGGCUGCAGCAAAGGCAAAAGCCAAAGCAGCUGCCAAGGACCUUGAGUGCACCAAGGAUUCAAAGGGUUCCUCAUAG